AUGUUGAAGGUCAUUCUGGCCUUUGGCUUGGCCGUCGCCGUUGCAACUGCGGGAGAUGUUGUUACUCUGACUGAAUCCAACUUCGACUCGGACAUUGGGAAACACGAGAUUGCCUUGGUAAAAUUCUACGCUCCAUGGUACGUUUUAAACUUGUUUAUUUGUGAUUAGGAUAGAAUGUGAAAAAAUGGAUGUUUUUCCUUAUUCGACUUCUGAAGUGGAGGGAAGUAGAAUUUUCCAACAGAUGGACGUCUAUAUCGCACUGUGCAGAAACCGUCGGGAUAAUAAAUUGCAAUGCAUUGCAAUGGGAAGGAAGUAGACACAUUUUCAUUUUUUAGUAUUAAAAAAUGUGGAAAAUCACGGUAAACCUUGACGGAUUUUUUUCAAUCUGACGACAACUUUGCCUCAUUUUCCUCACUUUAGUCGAAUUGAAAAUUCUGGUUUACGUUGCUUUCAAACACAAGUUUCAUAGGCUAUGGAGAAUACCGUUAAUAUUAUUCGCAUCAUUUUACUUCUUAUUUGAUCAGUCGUUUUGACAAGAAGGAACAAUUUAGUUCUCAAAUUUAAAAAAUCAAAAAUCAACAAAAGUUUUUUGAAAAACCUCAAUUUGACGUGACGAAAAUGAUGCCAAUUUGACAAUGUGAUUGAAGCGUGUGUUGACGGCUUAACAAACGUAGUAAACAUUUUUUUCGCAAUGCAUUCGACGAGAACUUUUCUUAUUCUAUCCACAACUGUAUUACUAGGGGUUGUCAGUGUAGUGUUUUUUCAAUUAAUGUUGCAUGUCGGUUUUCAGCGACCGAAAAAUUCAAGCGGAAACUUUCAGACAGGUGCGUAUUUUGACUCUUCAUGUAGCGUCCUUUCGACUUCUCGUCUUCGGGUGGUCUCUCUUUUAAUAAAAGUAUAUUUAUAUUGGGAAAAAUAUUUUCGCCCAGAAUUAAAAAUAUUUUCCCCCAGAAAAGAGAAUUAUAGGAAAUGUCCUAUUUUUCCACAGGAAAGAAACUAUUUUCUCUCAGAAAGCGUAAUUUUGUAAAAAUAAAGCAUGGAAGUAGUAAGAAGUGACGAAUAAGUAAUUUUACUGGUAAAAUCAAUUAAGUAGUAGUGUAAACUAGUAUUUGUAGUAAGUUUUUGAGGAAAUAUUCAAUAUAGAAUCGACAGUUCCGAUUUCAAAAAUGAUUUUCAUUUUUUUGCGAUUUUUACUUUUUUGUGGUCAAAGAGUGCAUUGACAAACUUUCUUUGUCGUCUUCUGCGCCGCGGCGGGAAGAAAAAUGUCUUGUAAACCAUUAUAAUUCUUACUUCUUUCUAGACUCAAUUAAGAAGUCGUCUAAAGUAACAUAUAUUUACAAAAAUACCAAAAUUAUGCUUUCUGGGAGAAAAUAGUUUCUUUUCUGGGAGAAAAAAGCAUUUCUUUUAUAAUUCUCUUUUUUGGUGAAAGAUAUUUUCUUUCUGGGAAAAAAUAUAGACCCAUUUAUAUUUAGUUAGGCAGAAUUGUCUAUGUUGUGUCAUCAGUGGUAUUUGGUUUGACAGUUUUUUUAACUCGUUUGAAGACGUAUUUCCUUUAACUUGAUUCAUUAAGCUUUGUGGUUGUGGGGAUAUAUAAUCAUUCGUCUAUAGGGUUUUUUUACGCAACCUUUUAUAUGGGACAGAUCGAAUAUUCACAAACUUGGCUGCCCAACUUGUUAAAAAUGGGGUUGGCUUGCCAUUUGUAAGGUUGGACACCAAUUGCAGGACUAUCCGAUCAUUCUUUCAUUAGCCGUUUGGGAAGUUUUGCUGCCAUUCCAACAAAAUCGGCUAGCAGUUAGUCAACCAGUUUUAUAACAUUGUCUAUAAGUUUUUAAUCUGCCCAAUAUGGAGGCAAAUCUUCUCGUUGUGCGUCGUCCUUGUCAGGUCAAGCCUAAUUUGGACAAUUUGGAAUUUGUAUUGCUCAAAUUGAACUGCCAAUUUGGGUAUAUAGAUGGGUUUUAGUUAUAAUGGCGUAAGCCUUUCGGUUGCGCCAAGAUUAUCUGAAGUUGUAAUGCUCAAUGUAUUAUAUUCCAUCGUAUUAGCGUAUUUUGAAAAGCUGUAAGUAACUGUAUCCUACGGCCACUCGGAACUCUGUUCCUGUUGAUUAAUAAAUCAGUCAAUACUAAAUUGAUCCUUCCAAAUUUUUGGAUGAUUAAAAUUGGGAUCCGUCGUUUUUGGAAACAGGUCCUUGCGGAGUCGGAGUCGCCCUUACGGGGUUAGAACGUACGGGGAUGGUCCUUACGGGUCAAGGCAAACACUGGGGCGCCGGAGCAUAAAUAAUUUUAUUUUUUCGACUACUGACUACUUUUUAUGAAGUAAUAUUGUAAAAUUUUUGAAAAAGAAUAGAAACAGUCGAAAAAUUUUCCAUUCUGAGGUAGUUCGGCACGUUGAAUUUGAAAAUCACGUUCAUUUAUUCAUUAUCAGUCUCGGAGCGCACCAUUUCAAAAAAGUGUGAUGGUAAACCUUGUGACCAGAGGUCCCAGGAAUCUACAAUAAACAACGUUUGCAUUUAUGUUUUUUCCGGUCGGCGCGAGUUCAAUAAGUAGAACAGGAUUAAGAACAUCUAGAUUGUAUAGCGAAGUCCGUCGAGUUUUAUUUUGCGUAUUUAGCGCUCGGGUUAAUGCUAAAGGUGGAGUAUAUUAAAAUUUUGAAUGAAAAGAAUUAUGGUUAAAUAUACGCUGGAACCCAGUUAGCUUGUUUUUUAACUUAUUAAUUGAUGUUUCUUGCAGGUGUGGUCAUUGUAAACGUCUAGCCCCAGAGUUCGAGAAGGCUGCGACGAAGUUGAAGUCCAACGAUCCUCCAAUUACUCUUGUUGACGUGGACUGCGAUGCCGAGAAAGAUUUAUGUCAACGCUUCAGUGUUCAGGGAUAUCCCACCUUGAAAGUGUUUAGACACGGAUCGCUUUCUCAAGAAUACGACGGUCCUCGGGAUGCCGAUGGUAUAGCUAAAUACAUGAGAGGCCAGGCUGGUCCCUCCUCUAAGGAGUUGACUUCUUUGGAAGAGUUUGAGAAGUUCAUUAGCGCUGAUGACCAAGGAGUCGUUGGGUUCUUCGAAUCUGACUCUAAGCUCAAGGACUCAUUCCACAAAGUUGCUGACACCGAGCGCGAUCGUUUCCGAUUUGCCCACACCAGUAAUCCUGAGGUUUUGAAGAAGACCGGGUUCACCGACGAUAUUGUUGUUUAUGUCCCUAAGAAGUUCCAGAACAAAUUUGAUCCUACUGAAUUCAAGUACGACGGAAAUUAUGACACCGAUAAGAUCAAGCACUUCUUGGUUCAUGAAACAACUGGACUUGCCGGAAUUAAGACCCCGUCCAACGAAUUCCAAUUCCAAAAGCUUCCUUUGGUUACUGUGUUAUACAACUUGGAUUAUGUUAAGGAUCCAAAGGGUUAGAACUUUACUCAUAUGCAUGAAAGAACGAUGUCAUUGAAUAUUACAUUAUUCUAACUUUAAAUUUCAGGAUCUAACUAUUGGCGCAACCGGGUGUUGAAGGUUGCUACCGAUUACAAAAGGAAGGUAUAUUUUGCUGUGAGCAACAAGGAAGACUACUCCAACGAAAUCGAGAAGUACGGUCUUGCUGACAGAAAGGAGUCGGACAAACCUUUGGUCCUGAUGCUGACCAAUGAAGGAAGAUUCGGAUUGAAUGCUGAAUUCAGCGUUGACAACCUUCGUCAAUUUGUAGAUGAUGUUCUAAAUGGAAAAUUGGAACCGUUCGUCAAAUCUGAGCCCAUCCCAACAGAGCAAGGAGAUGUCAAGGUUGCUGUUGCCAAGAACUUCAAGAAGCUGAUUACCGAUGCCGAGCAGGACGCCCUCAUCGAAUUCUACGCCCCAUGGUGCGGACAUUGCAAGAGCUUGGCUCCGAAGUAUGACGAACUGGCCGCUAAACUUUCCGAUGAGGAUGUUAUCAUUGCCAAAAUGGACGCCACUGCCAAUGAUGUACCUCCAGGAUACGAUGUCAAGGGGUAGGUGUGGUUAUAUUAAUCUUAUAAUUUUCCUACUUUAGGUUCCCUACUCUCUUCUGGCUUCCAAAAGACACCAAAGUCCCUGUUCCAUACAACAGUGGACGUGAAGUGAAGGACUUCAUCAAGUUCAUUGCUCAACAUUCUACAGACGGACUCAAGGGAUACACCAAAGACGGAAAGAAGAAGAAGAAGACUGAGCUCUAA